AGGUAGAACUGUCAUUGCGAGUGACUCCAUGUACUUUGACCUUUAUAGUAAUUAGUAACAAUAAGUCAAUGUUUACUUAGUUAAUGCCGCACCCGCAGUCUUUCCUGUUAGUUUGCGGAAUUUAAUUUAUAUAGGAACUCUAUCACUGUAUGUAAAACAAGUCGAUCUGCUAAUCUGCAUUGAGCCCUUGAUGAAAAUGACAUAUUAGAUCCUACAUUGAGCAACAGGAAGUGAAAAUUAUUCUACAGCCAUGGCAGGCACCGAAAGAGUUUCCAUGCAUGAUGCCGUAUCCAAUGUAGACGUAUUAGACGAAUUGCCACUGCCAGAUGAACAGCCUUGCAUUGAAGCCCAACCCUGUAGUGUGGUGUACCAGGCCAAUUUUGACACCAAUUUUGAGGAUCGCAAUGGGUUUGUUACUGGUAUUGCUAAAUAUAUCGAAGAAGCCACUGUGCAUGCCGGAUUGAACGAAUUACUGGAUGAAGGACAAGAACAUGCAGUAAUGCUGUACACUUGGAGAUGCUGCUCCAGAGCAAUACCCCAGCCCAAAUCCAAUGAACAACCUAACAGAGUUGAAAUUUAUGAGAAAACUGUAGAAGUAUUGGCGCCUGAAGUGAACAAACUCUUGAACUUCAUGUAUUUCCAAAGAAAAGCUAUCGAGAAAUUUUCUCACGAAGUGAAACGGUUGUGUCAUACAGAGAAGAGAAAAGACUUUGUCUCUGAAGCUUAUCUUCUAACUUUAGGGAAAUUCAUCAAUAUGUUUGCCGUACUAGAUGAACUUAAAAACAUGAAGUCAAGUGUGAAGAAUGACUACUCAACAUACCGAAGGGCUGCACAAUUCCUGAAAGUGAUGUCAGACUCUCAAACCUUACAGGAGUCACAGAACUUAUCUAUGUUUCUUGCCACUCAAAACAAAAUUAGGGACACAGUCAAAGAAAAUCUAGAGAAAGUGCCCGGGUAUGAGGAACUGUUAGCAGAUGUGGUCAAUAUUUGUGUUCACAUGUUUGAAUCGAAAAUGUACCUUACUCCGAGUGAAAAACACAUGCUUGUUAAGGUCAUGGGAUUUGGAUUGUUUUUGAUGGAUAAUGAUACGUGGAAUAUUAACAAGCUGGAUCAAAAAAAGAAAUUGAGACUUGACCGAAUAGACAGAAUAUUCAAGAAUCUUGAAGUCGUGCCCCUUUUUGGUGACAUGCAAAUCGCCCCGUUCAACUACAUAAAAAGAAGUAAACAUUUUGAUGCAAGUAAAUGGCCACUUUCCAGCAGUCAAACACCAUCUCCACAGGCUGAUCUGAUGGUGCAUUUGCCUCAAAUUCGAGAAGAUCAUGUAAAGUACAUUUCUGAACUUGCCAGAUAUUCAAAUGAAGUCACAACCACCUAUAAGGAAUCUGGUACUGAGGAAGAAAACAAAGACACUGCUGACUUAGCCCUCAGAGGUUUGCAGCUGCUUUCAGAAUGGACUAGCGUGGUAACUGAAUUAUAUUCGUGGAAGCUUUUGCACCCUACAGAUCAUCACCAGAACAAAGAAUGUCCGAAAGAAGCCGAGGAAUAUGAAAGAGCAACUAGAUACAACUACACAGAAGAAGAAAAGUUUGCACUAAUCGAAGUAAUAGCAAUGAUUAAGGGUUUGCAAGUAUUAAUGGCCAGAAUGGAGACUGUCUUUACUGAUGCGAUAAGGAGACAUAUAUAUGCAGAGCUGCAAGUGUUUGUACAGUUAUCUCUAAGGGAGCCAUUGAGAAAGGCCGUUAAAAACAAGAAAGAUCUUAUUAGAAGUAUAAUUAUGUCUGUGAGAGAAACCUGUGCGGAUUGGCAUAGUAGAAUCGAUCCAAAUCACGAUCCAGCAUUAAAAGGCAAAAAAGAUCCGGAUAAUGGGUUUAAUUUGAAAAUACUGGAAAGAAAUGUUGGGCCGUCUUCAACACAGCUUUAUAUGGUCCGAACCAUGCUGGAAUGUUUGAUAUCUGAAAAAUCAGGAGGUAGAAAAACAUUGCGUAAAGAUAUUGAUGGGUCUUAUUUAGUGCAGAUUGACCAGUUCCAUAAAACUUCAUUCUAUUGGAAUUACAUGUUGAGUUUCAGCGAAUUUUUGCAAAAAUGUUGCGACCUUUCGCAGUUGUGGUAUCGGGAAUUCUACCUUGAAAUGACAAUGGGGAGAAGAAUAAAUAAAUGUACUGUGAGACAUCACCACAAUGAGGAGUGCAAUGAUUUGAUCACCAUGGAAAAACGAAUUCAAUUUCCUAUUGAUAUGUCCAUGCCCUGGAUUUUGACUGACCAUAUUUUAAAAACCAAAGAACCCUCAAUGAUGGAGUAUGUGUUGUAUCCGCUCGAUUUAUACAAUGACAGUGCUCUGUAUGCGUUGACAAUAUUUCGAAAACAAUUUUUAUAUGAUGAAGUUGAAGCCGAAGUAAAUCUGUGUUUUGAUCAGUUUGUCUUUAAACUGAGUGAACAAAUUUUUGCAUACUACAAGCAAUUGGCGGCAAGUAUAUUUUUGGACAAACGGUUCAGAGUUGAAUGUGCCGCUAUAGGCGCAUAUUUGUUGCCGUACCCAAGAGCAAACCGUUAUGAAACUCUAUUGAAGCAAAGACAUGUGCAAUUGCUGGGUAGAUCGAUUGAUUUAAAUAAGCUUAUUACACAAAGAAUAAAUGCUGACAUGCAGAAGUCUUUAGAUUUUGCCAUUAGCAAAUUUGAAGCUGGAGAUAUUACAGGAGUUGUCGAGUUAGAUGGUUUGCUACAAGUAAAUCGACUGUGUCACAAGCUUCUUAGCAAGUUAUUAGCAUUAGAUGAUUUCGAUUCAAUGUUUAGAGAAGCAAACCAUAACGUGUUAGCACCAUAUGGCAGAAUUACGCUUCAUGUUUUUUGGGAAUUAAAUUACGACUUCCUACCUAACUAUGUUUAUAAUGCAGCAACAAAUAGAUUUACCAAAUAUAAAGGGAUUGCAUUUUGCCAGGCAGUGACCAGAGAUAGACCACCACAAAUGUCCCAUCAUUAUUUAUGGGGGACAAAACAACUAAACUUGGCUUAUACUACACAGUAUAGUCAGUACUUCGGUUUUGUUGGUCCGCAGCAUUUCCACACGAUGUGUAAAUUGUUGGGAUAUCAGGGCAUAGCUGUUGUAAUGGAAGAGCUAUUGAAAAUUGUAAAAAGCCUAAUUCAAGGAACGCUUCUGCAGUUCACCAAAGCGUUAAUGGAAGAUGCAAUGCCAAAAAUUCUUAAACUUCCGCGAUAUGUUUAUGGAUCAAAUGGAGUGUUGGGCUAUUAUCAUGCUCAUUUGUCGGACGUUGUGCAGUACCCUGACGCUAGAACCGAACUGUUUCACAAUUACAGAGAGUUUGGAAAUAUUAUACUAUUCUGUUUGUUGAUGGAACAGGCUUUGUCGCAAGAGGAGGUUUGCGAUCUAUUACAAGCUGCGCCGUUCCAGAAUAUUCUGCCCAGGCCCUUUUGUAAGGAAGGAGAAAAGCUGGAGAACAAACAAAAAAGGCUCGAAAUUAAAUUCGCAGCUCUCCAAAUUGUGCCUAAUAUCGAGAAAUUGGGAACUGCCAAACAAGCCAUGAUAUCCAGAGAAGGCGACUUGUUGACCAGGGAGCGUUUGUGUUGUGGACUAUCCAUAUUUGAGGUAGUUCUCAAUCGCCUGAAGAGUUUCUUGGAUGAUCCAAUAUGGGUGGGACCUCCACCAGUAAAUGGUGUAAUGAACGUGGAUGAGUGUUCAGAGUUCCAUAGACUAUGGUCAGCACUCCAAUUUGUCUACUGCAUUCCCGUUACAGAAAAUGAACUAACUGUUGAAGAAAUGUUUGGCGAAGGACUGCAUUGGGCAGGAUGCACCAUGAUUGUCCUUUUAGGACAACAGCGACGAUUCGAAGCUUUAGAUUUUUGCUAUCAUAUUUUGCGAGUUCAAAGAGUGGAUAUGAAAGACGAAGUUGUGAAGCACAUUGACCUCAAGAGAAUGUGUGAUAGAAUUCGCCGGUUUCAAGUAUUAAAUUCUCAAAUUUUCGCCAUUUUAAAUAAAUUUCUGAAGUCUGGCGAGAAUGAUGAGCUGUCCGUGGAACAUGUGAGAUGUUUUCCGCCACCCAUUCACCCCUCACUAGGCGCUCAGCAACACUACCAUGCUCCUGAUCAUGUCAGACCUUAAGUUUCUGAGGACUUAAGUAACUUCAUUUAACAACGGUAUUUUAGAGUUGUAUUUAUUGAUAUUGUUUUAUAGUACUGUUAAGUGUUUAUAACGUUUAUAAAUCACAAGAUUGCGUAAGUAUUUGUUGUUUCGUCAAAACAAUGUAUGUUCAACAUCAAACAAUGUAUAUAGCUUGCAUAAUUUGCUAUCAAAAAUUGCUUUCUAUAAAUAUUGUGUCGAGACAUUGUAGAGGCUGGGCUGCUAAGCGAAUUUGAAAGAAAACGAACUUACAAUUGA